AUGAUUGUAACAAUAAACAAUUAUUCAGGUUAUUAAGGAAUUAAAAAGAAAGAGGAUGCAACUUCUACUUAAAUAACCGAAAGGUAUGCAUAGGAAUCGUAAAAUAAUACUAUUUUAACACAAAAUUUGGGACAUUACUAAAGUCGACAAUAAUCAGAUGCAAACAUUGAAUAAUUCAACCUAUAUCCUAAUGAUACUCAUAUGUAUAAUACUCCUAAAAAGUAAUAAAACUAAAAUACAGAGUUUAUUGAAUAAAGUAAUGAAAUAUUAAAAAACUCUAAAAUCAACAUAACUACUGAGAAUGUUAAUAUAAUAACCAGAAAAUUAAGUUCAUCUACAAUUGUUGUUAAAAAAAUGGAGGAACAAGAAUGUAAAUAUUGCAGAUAAGUUGAUUCGCUAUAUAAUUUUAUACGCCCUUGCCUUUGCAAAGGAUCCAUGUAGCAUGUACAUCAAUAAUGUGUACAAAAAGAUAUUGAGAGUAAUUUUAUGGAUGAGAAUCAAAGAAAAUUCAUCAAACCUAUUAGAUGCGAAAUUUGUUAAUUUGUUUUUAAGAUUAAAAUAUAUAGAGAGACUAAUGUACUAUAAUCUUUUAAGGAUCCUAAUAAACAUGAAAAGCUUUUAUUUCUAUCAUUUGUUUUGAUAAUUUUAACUUUGAUAACGAUUGGGCUUGUCAUAUUGUCAAUUCUUAUUAAAGAGGAAUUAAGAAUGCAUAUUGACUUAUUAAUGGGAAUUGUGAUUGCUUUUUUGAUAGUUUUAGGAUUAAUGAUAGCUUUCUCUUUAAAUUUUAUAGAUUUAAUUACAAAUGUAUUUAUUUAUAACUUAAUAAUUAUAGUAUUAUUGGUUUGUAUUGGAUCGACAAAUUGCAAAUAAAGUUGAUAAUGGAAUCUAAGUGGAUUAUUAGAGUUUGAAUUUAAUUUUGCUAAGUGGAUCACUAAAAUACUAAUGGAAAAAAAGUUAAGUACUACCACUAAAUGAAUGA